GGCGGGAGACUCGGAAAGGAUUUUACGUUUUAACCGCGCCACACUUUAGGUACAACAGAGGGCGAAUAUAUCGCCAAUUGAGUCAGCUGUCACUAUCAAACUCAUAUAGCAUCUACCAAUUCAGUACCUACAGACGAAAAGUCGACUUAUUGACGGUAAUAAGUGGUCGUGAGUGUCUACGAUGAUAAUCUACAUUUUCUUCCUCGCCUUAUUGUGUGGAAAAGUGAGCGCAUGGGAUUCUGGAGAACUCCAAAUGUUUGAUUUAGUUGAAGAAGUCAAGGAAAAUUUUUAUGACUUUCUGGGGGUUUCUCAUACUGCUGAUAUUUCUGAAAUAAAACGUGCUUACCGAAAGUUAUCUUCUAAACUUCAUCCAGACAAGAAUCCAGAUGAUCCUACUGCAGAACAGAAGUUCCGAAGGCUUGUAGGUAUUUACGAAGUCCUUAAGAAUUCGGAAUUACGUGUCAAAUAUGACGAAGUGCUGAUAAAUGGUUUGCCCAGUUGGCGAACCCCAGUAUUUUACUUUAGGAAGCUCCGCAAAAUGUCUAACUACGAACUGUUUGGGUUGUUCUUUGGAAUGGCUACCAUAAUUCAUUAUGCUGCACUUUGGGGCUCAGUUUUUGAGAAGCGGCUUACUUUGGAAGAUCAACUUAGCACUUCUUUAAAACGUCACAAAGCUCGUGAUCGGAAGUUGGAACUAAUAAACCAAGAGAUAUCUGACGAACUUCAAAAGAUUCCCGCUCCCGGAUGGUUUGAUUUGCUUCCGUUCGCUAUUGUCAGAUGGAUAUAUGCUAUCAUCACAUUUAUUCCCGUUUUCACUGAAUUUAUUAACGGAAAGAUUUCUGAGAAAUUACAACAACGUCGUGAACUCAGGGAAGAAGUUCGAAUUCUUCAAGAAAAAAAAGAAAAACUUAAGGCUGAUAAACAAGAACGCAAACGUCGCUUAGUACACGAACAAACAAUCCUUAGAGAAGUUGUAAAGGAGGCUGGCCAAUCAACUUUGAAUUCAGUCCUUACAGACAUUCCUAAUAUUGAGACUGAGAGUUCUGAUGAAGAUUCAAAAAGUGAAGCAAAAGAUCCUGUUUAUCGAGAAUGGUCAGAAGUGGAUAGAGACAAUUUAGUUCGUGCAGUAAUUCGAUAUCCUGGAGGUGUUCCUGGGAGAUGGCAACGUAUCGCAGAAUCUCUUGGUCGUAGUGUUCCUGAUGUUAUUCGUAAAGCGAAAUAUAUGAGUAAAGAAUUAAUGUCUAUUUCUCAAAAAAAUAUAAAUCCUGAUGAAAUCCCAACCUUUGAAACAAAUGUAAAUAAUUUCUGUGGAGAAAGUAAUUCUGAACAAAGUAAUAAUCAAUCAGACGAAUCAGGUGAAGAACAAUAUUCAAAAAAACGACUUCGUAAACGUUUAUUGAGACGAAAAGAACCCUGCGUUGUCAAUCAAACAAAUGGAGAAACUCAACUGAAUGCGAAUAAUGAUUUGUCCUCAGGAUCUGCUCUAACAACAUGUUGCUGUGCUAAUAUCGUAAUGCAACUUAAACUGAUUUAAAUACAUGCCAGGUUCUAAGUUACGUUUGACUGACUGACGAGUUCAGUACUGAUAACAUUUUCAUCAAUUGAGUUCAUUUGGAAUCGGACUCAUACAAGCAACAAACCUGAUGUAUUUCUAACAAAAUAUUUUACCAUGAAAAAGCAGACCUACAGAUUUUUUCUCCUUGAAACUGAUAGAAAAUACAGUAGUCUUACAUUUCCUUUCAGUUGAUAAUGACCAUCAACGAAAUUCAUAACAUGUAUUUCGUCCUACCUUAAACUUGUUAGUUAGAUCAACUUGAACUUUGGUGAUUUAUAUUGUUCAUUCUAAGGUUCAAAAUCACCGUACACCUCUUUAGAUAUUUUUUUAUUAACUAGGUUGCAGUGAGUUACGUUAAACUUCUCUUAUUUAACCAAUAUACGCCAUUAUUGUUGUAUUUACUUUCUAUACUAUUAUUAUUUAUUACCUGCUUAAUGUCUUGUUUGCGAAUAGCUUUUACACAUGAUUGGGCUUGUAACAGUUUGGUGUUUCGUUAUUCAAAUACAUUAUCUUCCAAUUUUUAUCUACUUCUCUUUAAUCUGAUGUAAAUUUAACUUCUUAAAUACUUAUUUCAUUUUUUAUACUAAUCCAUUUAAAAAAAGGCUUGUCUGUGAAUUCGUGUCUACUUUUAUAUGGCUAAUUUUGUUGGUUGUAUUAAUUUAUUAUUAAUUACAGACGUCGUCAUAGUUGAUGAACCAUAUAUUAGUCGAAAAAAACUCAAACAGAAAGAUGAAGCAACACUUAAAUCUACAGAAAUUAAACCUAUCAAAAGUAAUGAUGGAUGGACUAAAGUAGAACAACAACAGUUGGAGGUCGCUAUACGCUCUAUUGGUAAAGGGACACCUGAGCGGUGGGAUCGGAUCACAGAAUGUAUCCCAACAAGAACAAAGGCAGAAGUGAUGGCUCAUGUGAAGUAUCUCUCAACUCUUGUUCAACAAAAACACUGAAUUAUCCCUUAUUGUGUUAUCAUUCCCUCAGGUAUAUAUUUAUAACCCCCCAUGUUUCAGACUGUGAUCUUUCAUCCCUUAUAGUGUGAUAUAAUCCAUAUAUUUAUAGUAAAAUUGCAAAUUAUUUACUGGAGGACUUCGUUUUUGUUUCGAACAAUUCAUGUUUUUCUAUUUCAUCUUACAAAAGUAAUCGAUUCUUCACAAGUCACCGAUCACGUCUGAACUUGUAUCCUUAACGUAAAAAAGUCAUUGUUUAAUCACUAUCACCGAAGUGCAGUUAACAUAGAUUGGUAUGAGUCGCCCAUAUUUUGACAAACUUGUGAUGAAUGACAUCCAGUGCUAUGUUAAAGAUAGUAACCUACAGCAGUGAAUUAAAUUAAAAAUAUAACAGUUCGGACCAGUUUAUUAAA